GAGGUAGCGCUCCCGUUAGUCAGAGAGCCAAUCAGAGCGGAACAAGCCAAGCCAGCAACCAACCGCUGCCCCGCCUCGCGGCCAAACGUAUCUCCCUUCUGAUUGGACGAGGCCCUUGCCAAUCACAGCAGGGAGCCAGUGAAAUCUCGGACAAUAGCAAGAAGCGCCCGGUUCCGAUUUGCGGCGCGGGGUCCACGCGGUGGUGGCCCAUCGAGGUCGGCGCUUGGUGAUCACUUCCCCUUGGCCGAACCCAGGAGCAGGCAGGCGUCGCGCGCAGAGCCAAUCAGGGUAGGGUAGGCCCGGGGCCACUUCGUCUUAAGGGCCCCGCCGUUUCCUCUGUGAUUGGGCGAGCCUCCUGACAAUCAGGGCGGAGCCAGCGGAGGCUCGGCCAAUAGCAGGAGGCGGCCGUGUCGGAGCGGCGACUAACUGUAGGCGCGGUGGUCGUUAGAGGAGGACAGCGCACCGCAUCCUACCUGCUCGCAGGCCCUCGGCGUCUAGCACCCGCCGGCGGCACAUCUCGUCAUGUCAGGCACUGCUUGGCUUUAGUUCCUCACUCCUCCGCCCACCCGCCUACCCGAAGCCGCGCCCACCGCCCAGAGCCAGAGGGAUGGUGGUAGUCACCGGGCGGGAGCCAGACAGCCGUCACUGGGACGGUGCCAUGUCCAGCUCCGAAGCCGAAGACGACUUCCUGGAGCCCGCCACUCCUACGGCCACGCAGGCGGGGCACGGGCUGCCCCUGCUGCCCCAGGAGUUUCCUGAGGUUGUCCCACUUAACAUUGGAGGGGCUCACUUUACUACACGCCUGUCUACCCUGAGGCGCUAUGAAGACACCAUGUUGGCUGCCAUGUUCAGUGGACGACAUUACAUACCAACAGACUCUGAGGGCCGGUACUUCAUUGACCGAGAUGGCACGCACUUUGGAGAUGUGCUGAACUUCCUUCGUUCAGGGGAUCUGCCACCCCGGGAGCAUGUGCGAGCUGUGUACAAAGAGGCCCAGUACUAUGCCAUCGGGCCCCUCUUGGAGCAGUUGGAGAACAUGCAACCACUGAAGGGAGAGAAGGUGCGCCAGGCCUUUCUGGGGCUCAUGCCCUAUUACAAAGACCAUUUGGAGCGGAUCGUGGAGAUUGCUCGGCUGCGUGCAGUGCAGCGGAAGGCCCGCUUUGCCAAGCUCAAAGUCUGUGUCUUCAAGGAAGAGAUGCCCAUCACCCCCUAUGAGUGUCCACUCCUCAGCUCCCUUCGCUUUGAACGGAGUGAGAGUGACGGACAGCUCUUUGAGCACCACUGUGAAGUGGAUGUGUCUUUUGGGCCCUGGGAGGCAGUGGCUGAUGUGUAUGACCUGUUGCACUGUCUUGUCACAGACCUCUCAGCCCAGGGCCUCACAGUGGACCACCAGUGCAUUGGGGUGUGUGACAAGCACCUUGUCAACCACUACUACUGCAAACGCCCCAUCUAUGAGUUCAAAAUCACAUGGUGGUGAGUAGUUCUGGUAGACAAGAGUCCAGUGAAGGAGGGUGUCCAUCCUUGUGGGUGGCUCUGGGAAUCUGAUCCCCAAAGGAGCUGAUGACUGUCCCAAGACCUGCUGAGGUGAGGACAGAAUGCUGAGGCGUAGGUGCAAAGACAUGGGUGCUGCUGCAGUCUGCCUGGCUCAACUUCCUUGGGGACUUAAUUUGCUCUCACCUGGUUUUUUCCUUGAGGCACGGCAGUCUUCACUGGAGGCCACAGGAUCGAGUGAGGAUGUCACUGGGAGUCCAGAGAGGUUUCAUACCUUCUUGACACCUUGCAGGACAGCUUCUGCUCCAUUUAGAGCUGAGUCACUGGUUGAGGUGUCAUCACUUCCUCACCCUGUUGGGACAUUCCUGUGCUCAGUGUGUCAGUGGGAAUAAGGAGUGUGGUAGGGGAUUUACCCAAGUAUCCACCCUGUAGCCCUGGCCAAAGAAGUCCUUUUCUUCCCAGUGUGCUCCUUGCUCUUCCAAUGACUGCAGAACCUUGUCUUAGGAUGUGGAAAAGAUAUGUCCUGUGCUCCCAGAACAUGCCUGUCACCUUCUCUUUGAGAUUAACCACAGCUGCCAAAGCCAUGUACCAGUUGGGCCUUAGAAAAACCAUGAUGUUUACAGCCCUGCCUCGGGCUUUGGCUUUACCUUCUUUGCAGGGUUAUCCUCUCAUAGGACUGGAAUCUUAAGUUCCAAAGGUUCUUUCUGAAGAUUCCCCAAGUCAGGCAGACAUGGAGUCUAGAUCUUUUGAUAUGUAGCAUCCUUCUCAAAGGCUGAGAACAUGGCUUGCUGUCAAGUCUUGUGUUAGGAUCCAAUGUGGUGAACCUCUUUGGAAGCACACUUUUUCCUUGGUAGUUUUCGUUCAGUGUCCCCCAGAGAGGAAAAUAAGUACUGGGUAGAGGUGCAGCCAUCCUAGGAGCUGAAGAUGAUGGAAGUAGUAAACUUAUGCAUUUUAUAUUUUCUGUUUCAGAAAGAGAAAUAGUCCACAAUAAUUUCUUGUUUAGAGUCAGGGUGUAGCAUGUAUCCCCUAAAGAGAGAGUUGUAUAGCUCUCCUCUGAGAGCAUUGCAUGUCCAGGCUGCACAGGGAGGGGGCGUCUAUGUAAUCAUGGGUAUCCUUGACCAUUCCUGGAUAGCAUUUUUUAAAUUAAAAUCUUUUUAAUGUAAGAAUUGUUAAGGGCAGUACCGCUAUUAUCAGUCCUAUGGGGUCCGAGUGGUUCAAUCAGACAUUUGGGGGUUGAAGGCAUUUAUGUGCUCCAGAGGACUACAAGGCCAAGCCCUGGGCACUGAGCUGAAUUCCUCCAUGCAGGUGCAGGGCAGUGGCUCUCCAGGGCUCUUGCAGAAACGCAUGGUUUUGAACUUGUGCUUCACUCUGAAUGUAAUAGAGGUAGAGACUGGGGUCCAGGAGGUUGUGAGUAGCAGUCAUCUUCCAGGACACCUGUUUUCUUGGUUGUCCUCAAUAGGAUCUCUGGGGUGCUGGCGCCUCUGCAUGGUGCUUAGCCCAGCACCAUGGCCCUGGCCUUGUUCUAGCAAAGAAGUUCCUUAUUUAAAUAGCUUUUAUUUUUAUUUUUUGGACAGGAUCUCAUGUAGCCCAGUUUGGCCUCAAAUUAGCUGUAUAGCUAAGGACAACCUUAUAUAUCUUGACCUCCUGCCUCUACCUCUGAAGCUUUGGGGGAUAUAGGCACAUUCCACCACAGCUGGCUCUUAAUUUCUUCUUUUCUUUUUAUGGCCAUGGAAGCACACUAUUGAGGAUGAUGUCCACAUGAGUAGAGAGCCUACAAUUAAGCCUGGGGCUUUUAGUAACUAGGCCUGGGCUUUUUCCGUUCCUGCUAUAGAGUCCUUCAGUGCUUGGAAACCAGGCCCAGACUGAUUGCUCAAGGUUACAAGGAUGCUGGGUAAAGACACUGUCUUUGUGACUUGUUGAAGACACUGCUUUUUCUGUCCCCCCCCCCUUUUUUAUUCUCAGGAUGAUAUGUUUUGUGCCAUUGUGGCAAGAGAAUGCUCCAGGCCACUGGAGCAGACAGAGGAGGGACACUAGAUAACCAGCUCAGAACUCUCCCACCCCUUUCAAUUCCUUAAUUUUUUUAAAGUAGUUAAUGUUUUCAAUAUUAGGGUACACUGACCAUGUGCUGAAUCUUCUUGUGUGUGUGUUUUUGUUUUUGUUUUUUUUUAUAACAAACCCUUUGCAUUUUUAAGUCAGUGACAUCUGUACUUUCUUGCAGCACAGAAACUUUUCUUUGUACUACAAAAUAUAUUUAUUAUAAUUAUAGUUCUUCCUUGACUAGUGACACUGAAAUAUGAAAUAUGAAAUAAAGCAAUAUAUAUGUAUUGGGAUCUGGGAUGUGGUUUCAUGAUAGAACAUCUACCAACAUCUACCAAGGCCCUGGGUUCCCUCCCCAGCACUACAAAAAAAAAAAAAAAAAAAUCAUGUCAAAGUGUAUCUUGCUAUUUGGGCCUCUUCAUUCACUUUGUACUCUACUUUCUUGGAGCUUUUCUUAAAUGGAAUAAAGUUCAUCAGCCUGUUUUGGCUCUCUAAUGAGAAGCUGAGGCCAUUCUGAAAUAUGCUAUUGAAUGUGGUGGCUGGGUAUGGCUUCCAAAUAAAGGGGUCCUGUCUGUGGAAAUUA